AUGAGCGGUCAGAGCAAUCGACGCUCCACCCGAGGCAGGAAGUCCAACACCGACAAUGCGUCUGGCGCUAAACCGCCAGCCCGCAGCCGAUCCGAAGUCCUACACCAACGAGGGGCUCGCAAGACUGCGGCUAUUGCUGCAGUGGCGCCACCAGCAUCCGGUCCCACAUCCUCAAGUGUCACUUCGCAGGACCGCACUGGGGGCACCUCAGAUGCCCGCCCUUCCGCCAACGAAGCCCUGUCACCGAUUCAUGUCAAUCAAUUUAUCAGUCUCCUAUCUGAGGAAGACCGUGUUGGAUUUUUGGCUUGGAUGAAUAAGAGUUCUGUAGCUCAGCAAGCUGGAUUUCAAACUCCACGGGCGUCUUCACCUCUCAUGCCUGCCACUCCUGUGUCGCUCCCCAAGGGAAAUGCAAAGCGUACCUUGGCCAGUUCAGAGAUAGACUUCGAUGGUGAAGGUCCGUCCGAGAAACAAGGCGAAGAUGUUCCCGAUAGGAUUGGAGACGAUGAUGAAGAUUUGUCCAUGCUUAGCGAAGAUGGCUUAGAUCCUGUCACCGACGAUGCACAUGCUACGGAAGAUCAAGAACCUUUGGUCAAGAAACGUCGGAUUUCCAAGCGGUUUUCGCCGUAUACUGUGCCCGAUGAGUCAGCGUUGAAAUCGGUUGACGAUGUCAGUGCCGAUGGGUCUGUGGAUGUUCCUCAAGCCAGUAAGGAUGAAAGUGGUGCAGGACCCGUCGCCAACCAAUCGGACGAACCGAAGCCUUCAACCUCGGGUUCAUCAUCCUUCAUCGUCUGUGAGGUUUAUGAACAUUUCAAAGGCACUGACGUCCUCGAUGAUCUACUUCAAUACGACGCCACCAACCUUUAUCCGUUAAAGUGGCACAUGUCAGCGGCAGAGAACCCCUCCCUCGUGGAUCCCAGUGAGCUCAAAAUGUGGAAACCCGACAUGAGACAAUUGGUUCGUCUCUUGAACUCGACUGGCACCAAAGAUUUUGCCAAUGCAGCAAGAUGCGACCCUCGAUGGUUCCAUGUGCAACCCAGCGGUAAAGGAGGCAAAAUUGUGAACAAGAUCGGAACAGGAACUCCCGCCCUAUUUUGGCUUAUCAUCCCUAUUCAAGAAGAAUAUGUUGGAAACGUCGGCCGAUCAAUGGGUCAGUCAGGGUUUUCCAUUCGUGGUGUUAAAGGAAUAGGCCUGUCUUUCGAAUUCAACCGCUUCAUGGCUUUGCUCGUCACUCUUCCAAUCUAUGACGGCACCAUCGAGUUCAACACUCGCCCUGGUGGGAGUGAAUCUCCUCCGGUCAACAAGAGCCGUGGAUCUCGAUUCGCUCAACUGAAAAGGAACAACAGUUCUACGUUCCUGGAGUAUGGCGACAUGAUACCGAUUUAUGACGGGCGCGACAUGUCCGAGGUUCAACCGAACUCACCGGACUUCAGGCUGUCAUCGCUCAUGUCCUUUGAGGGCAACCUGAAGGAGACUAUCUCUAUGGUUGAGUUUACGACGAAUAUGUGGAUCAAGCAGAACGGUUCUUCUCAGAUUUCGCUCAACAUCAAAUCAGUGACUGUUCUUGUUACUUGA